CGAAAUCUUGGGAGGGGGCGGGGCCGCGGGUAGGGGAGGGGCCCGGCGAGCAGGAGAGGCCCAGGGUCAAGACGUCCGGCCUCGAGGCCGGGGCUGAGCAGUCGGGUACCCAGGGCGACGCUGAGCGGGCGAGUGGCGAGGGCCCGGGUCUCAGGGUACUCAGGCCGGGUCGCAAGAUCGUUCACCAUCGGCGCUGCACUGGGAUCCGGCAGGGAUGGAGCGGGAGGAGUCGCCGUGGGGCCUCGAGCCCCAGGAGGUGCAAAGUCCUGACGAAAUGAGGAUCCCCGAAGGGUCGCUCAAAGGCAACAUGAGUGAGAAUGAGGAAGAGGAAAUUUCUCAGCAAGAAGGCACUGGGGACUAUGAAGUCGAAGAGAUACCGUUUGGGCUUGAACCCCAAAGCCCAGGGUUCGAGUCACAAAGCCCAGAGUUUGAACCCCAAAGCCCCAGGUUUGAGCCUGAAAGCCCGGGAUUUGAGUCCCAAAGCCCUGGGUUUGUGCCCCCAAGCCCUGAGUUUGCACCCAGAAGCCCUGAAUCAGAUUCUCAGAGCCCCGAGUUUGAAUCCCAGAGCCCUGGAUAUGAACCCCGGAGUCCUGGGUAUGAACCCAAGAGUCCCGGAUAUGAACCCCGGAGUCCUGGGUAUGAAUACCGGAGCCCCGGGUAUGAACCUAAGAGCCCCGGCUAUGAACCCCGGAGCCCUGAAUAUGAAUCUCAAAGGUCCAGGUAUGAAUCCCAGAGCCCAGGGUCUGAACGCCAGAACCCUGGAUUUGAACCCCAGAAUUCUGAGUUCAAAACCCAAAGCCCUGUGUUUGAAACUCAAAGUUCCAAAUUCCAGGACGGUACACAGAUGCUUCUGAAUCCUGAGGAAAAGAAUCCCUUGAGCAUUCCCUUAGGAGUUCAUCCUCUGGACUCCUUCACUCAGGAGUUUGGGGAGCAGCCCACAGGGGGCAUGCCCCUAGGGCCACCUUUUGAGAUGCCCACAGGGGCCCUGCUGGCUACACCAGAGUUUGAGAUGCUCCAGAAUCCCCUGGGUCUGACGGGGGCCCUUCGGGGUCCAGGCCGACGUGGUGGCCGGGCCAGGGGUGGUCAGGGCCCUAGGCCUAACAUCUGCGGCAUCUGCGGGAAGAGCUUUGGGCGGGGCUCCACCCUGAUCCAGCACCAGCGCAUCCAUACGGGUGAGAAGCCCUAUAAAUGUGAGGUCUGUAGCAAGGCCUUCUCCCAGAGCUCUGACCUCAUCAAACACCAGCGCACUCACACGGGUGAGAGGCCCUACAAGUGUCCCCGUUGCGGCAAGGCCUUCGCUGACAGCUCUUACCUGCUUCGCCACCAGCGCACCCACUCUGGCCAGAAGCCCUACACGUGCCCACACUGUGGCAAGGCCUUCGGCGACAGUUCCUACCUCCUGCGACACCAGCGCACCCACAGCCACGAACGGCCCUAUAGCUGCACCGAGUGCGGCAAGUGCUACAGCCAGAACUCCUCCCUGCGCAGCCAUCAGAGGGUGCAUACCGGCCAGAGGCCCUUCAGCUGUGGCAUCUGCGGCAAGAGCUUCUCCCAGCGGUCGGCGCUCAUCCCCCAUGCCCGCAGCCAUGCCCGUGAGAAGCCCUUCAAGUGCCCUGAGUGCGGCAAGCGCUUUGGCCAGAGCUCCGUGCUGGCCAUCCACGCCCGCACCCACCUGCCCGGCCGCACCUACAACUGCCCCGACUGCGGCAAGACCUUCAAUCGCUCGUCCACGCUGAUCCAGCACCAGCGCUCGCACACGGGCGAGCGGCCCUACAGGUGCGCUGUGUGCGGCAAGGGCUUCUGCCGCUCUUCCACGCUGCUGCAGCAUCACCGGGUCCAUAGCGGUGAGCGGCCCUACAAGUGCGAUGACUGUGGGAAGGCCUUCUCCCAGAGCUCUGACCUCAUCCGCCACCAGCGGACCCACGCAGCCGGCCGGCGCUGACAGGGCCCCAUCAGGGGUGGGGAGGUGGCGGGCAGAAGAGAAGGCGACAGGGAGCUAGAGAAACUUUUAGAGAGGAUGGUGGAAAAGCUGGAGGAGAAUGGAGGAGUUGAGGAUUCUAGAAGACGGGCAAGGGUGGAGGAAGUUAUAUGCCCUGGAGACUUAUGGGAAAUGGGCUGUGAGGAGGGGUUGGAGGGAGGCCAGACAGGCGGCAAGAGGCUCUGGGAGAGAUCCAGAAGGAGGUCAGCCAAGAGCUGGCCUCAGCAGCAUGCGCCUUGGUGGGUGCCUGGUUUGGCCAAGUGCUAGAGGGGUGGGGGGAGGGAGGGGGGGCUAUGUAAUUAGAGUGGCGUAGCUUAGGUUGAUUGGUAGCUGCUGAGACCCUCGUUGAGUCAGGAAGGGGGUGAGAGGGUAGGUUGGGUGGGGAGUGUGGCCCUGGGGUGGGCUUGGGCCUCAGUGCAAACCCCAGCCUUCCUUCCUCAGGCUUUGGAGCCCCUGAAUUUGAAUUCAAUAAAAACCUUUAUGUGGUAAAAGAGA